AUGAAAAGGGAACAAGAAAAAGCUGGAGGUAUGGAGAAAAGAGUGAAAGAGGGAGAAGUGAGAGAAAGAAACAGGAGUGCGAGCGAGGGGAACAUAGAAGAGUUUUUGAAGAAAAGAAAAAGAGAAAUGAGGGGAGAGGAAAAGGAUAAUAAAGAAGAAGGGGCGUUUAGUAAAAGCAGGAAAACGCAGAGAUCGCCAACGGGUCAGAAGGGGGGAGGAGAGGAAAGAAAGUCAGAUAGGGAGAAAAGAGAAUGGAAAGAGGAGAUGAGAGAAAUGAUGGCAAUAUUGAUGGAAGGGACAAAAGAUGUAAGGAAGCAGGGUAGAAACAUGAAGGAAGAGCUGGAGGAGUGGAGAAAAGAUAUGGCGGAGAAGGAGGAGAUGUGGAGGAAAGAGAGGCAGGAGUUGAGAGAUAGUAUUACGGGUUUGAAGAAAAGAGUGAAGGAGAUGGAAUUGAGAGCGGAGAAAACAAUUGAAGAGGGAAAGGGAGGGAGGGAAGGAGGAGGUAAAAAGAAAGAAGUUGAGAUAGCAGAAAGAAUGAAGGAGAUACAGAGAAAAUUAGAGAGAAAGGAGAGAAAGGAUAGGAAAAGGAAUUUAAUUAUUAGAGGGUUGGGAGUAAAAGAGGAGAAAAGGAGAGAAGCGGUGGUAGGAUUAUUGGAGAAGAUAGGGGCAAAGGGAAAAGUGGAAGAGGUGAGAAAAUUGAUAGGUGGGGAGAAGGGAGAGAAUCAGUUUGGGUGA